AUGGCUACACCACAGGCAAUACCAGGCGCUCAGCCUGUAGCUAUCGUCUGCGUAGGAAUGGCAGGCUCAGGCAAAACUACCUUCAUGCAACGCAUCAACUCCCACCUACACUCCCAGAAAGAGCCGCCUUAUGUCAUAAACCUCGACCCUGCCGUGCGCACUGUCCCUUUUGACAGCAAUAUCGACAUCCGCGACAGCGUCAACUACAAAGAAGUAAUGAAGUCCUACAACCUAGGCCCGAACGGCGGCAUCCUCACAUCCCUCAAUCUCUUCGCCACAAAGAUAGACCAAAUUCUUACUUUGCUCGAAAAGCGCACUGCUCCCGAUCCAGAAAACCCCGAAAAAGCUCCUAUCAAGAACAUUUUGGUGGAUACACCAGGCCAGAUCGAAGUCUUCGUUUGGAGCGCUUCGGGAAGUAUCUUGCUGGACAGUUUGUCGAGCACGUUCCCGACUGUCAUUGCGUAUAUCAUUGAUACCCCAAGGACGGCGAGUACAAGUACCUUCAUGAGCAACAUGCUGUAUGCAUGCAGUAUCCUCUACAAAACGAAGCUGCCUAUGAUUUUGGUAUUCAAUAAGACGGAUGUGAAGGACGCGGAGUUUGCAAAGGAGUGGAUGACUGAUUUUGAGGCCUUUCAGGAGGCACUUAGGCAAGAGGAAGAGGCUGGUAGUUUUGGAGGUAUGGAGGGAGGCGGGAGUGGAUAUAUGGGGAGUUUGCUUAACAGCAUGAGCUUAAUGCUGGAGGAGUUCUACAGUCAUUUGAGUGUAGUCGGUGUGAGCUCUAUGACCGGGGCGGGUAUUACGGAAUUUUUCGAAGCAGUACAGGGAAAGGCGGAGGAAUUUGAGAGAGACUACAAGCCGGAGCUAGAGCGUAAGAGAAAAGCGAGGGAGGAUGAGAAAAUCCAGAAUCGGGAGAAGGAGUUGGGGAGAUUGAUGAAGGAUAUGGCUGUCUCUGGGGAGCCAUCUUCGAGAAAGAAGCCCGAAACUGAUAUGGAUACUUUGAGCGACAUGGAGGACGAUGACGAGGACGAGGAGGAAGGUGAUGAGAGCGAGGAGGGCUUGGCCGCGAGAUACAAGCAAGCUCUAGCGGACUCUGGAGGCGAGAAGCCUAGUAACGAAGAUUACAGCUUCACACGAUAUCUGAAAGCAAGCCAGAUGAAUAUGUAA